AUGUUUGUUCCGAAAUUCAUCGUUCAUCAUCAUCAUCAACAACCACAGCAAAAUAGAAUGAAGAACAAAUCCCUUCCAUUAUCAUCAUCGUUAUUCAUCCUUUCAUUAAUAGUUAUUUCUCUCUUCCUAUUUAUAAAUCAUCCAAUCAUGAUUCAUGGUUCCGAAAUUUCAUUCCUCUCCUCUUCUUCUCAUCAUCAUGAAGGAUCAACAACAACUUCAUCAUUAUUGGAAUCAGCAUCAUUAACUACUCUGAAUACAAGAUCCAGUCAAAGAAGGAAUUCAGCUCUUCUGAGAGAUCGAGCUCCGAAGAAUUGGGAAGAGUUUGUCUUUGAUCAUACUUGGAGAGGCUUUUUAGAUGAUGAUGCUCCAAGUUAUGAAAGCGAGAUUUUUAGUAUUAAAUUGGAUAAUACCACCAAUACAGUGGAUGUUCAUAUUUUGAAAACUUCGGAUUAUGAACAUGGUAUUCGACAAUAUCCAAUUUUCAUUCAUUUGACUGGAACGUAUGAAAUUCAGAAGAAUCUGACCACACAAUUUGAUUUUAUUGUGAAUCAAUUGAGUUGUGAAAAUUUACUGUUGCCUAAUGGAUUAAUGGAUCCUUCUGGAUGUAAGACGUAUGCUGAAUUGUGGAUGCCUGAGAAAAAUUACUCGUAUUCAUUGUACGACGUCGAUGAGGAUGGAGAGAAUUUGAAUUUUUAUUGGUCCAUAGAAUAUCCAAUGCCAGAAAAACAAUUUCCAGUAUUUUGGAAAGGAUUAGUUUAUCCUGUGGAUCGAUUUUCAUCGUGUCCUAUUUCAUCGUCCAUGUGGAGAAUGGAUCGAAUGGAUGUUUUCCCUAAUUUUGCCCAAAACGCAUAUUUACGCUUCACAGAUCAAACAUUUGUGUUGCAAGUGAAUCAAAACAUUGAUUAUUCUACAGCACGAACGAUAUGCAAAUUACAAGAUAACUUUUUAUCGUUGAACAUUUCUGGAAAAUAUGAAAUGAUACCUGAGCUUGGUAUAAUGAUUGCAACAAAAUCCAUUUGUGAAGACUUGCAAUUUUGGGUGCAAGACAUUUCGGACUGUAAUUUGUGCCCAAAAAUUGGUCGAGCCUUUGGCCUCACAUCUUUGGUGACUUUUGGCGUCCAAAAUCAAGGAUGCAACACCAUCAAGUUGCAAGCAGAGCAAACAGGAAAUACUAUUCAAGGAUAUAGAAUACAAAAUGUGGAAACCCCCAAACCCAAACAAUGGAUUAAUCCUGUUAUUUGUGACAAUAAUCAUAACGUGAUCAUUGCUGUGAGCGUCUCAGUUAUAUCAGGAGUGAUGAUUGUUAUCAUUUCAUUUGGAAUUUGUACAUGGUGUUUCUUUUGGAGAAAAAACAGAAGACCUGCAUAUCGACCUCUCGAAUAA